UGCAGCGCCGUCGUUUUGUACACAAAAUCCCGCCGCAGCAGUCUGCAAGUUCCUCCUCGGGAGGUGGCAAUGCAGCAGACAGCAGCAGCAGCAGCGGGAGCAGCAGCAACAGCACCUGGACGGGGAGCGGGUAUCGCCAGACUGCAGCAGAUGUGCGGAGAGGACUCACUCUGACUGAUUACUGCGCAGACUCGCUGCCUGAUGCCCCGUAUUUGCGUCAUGUGUGGAUGGCUCUAGAUGAGUGGAAAAGACCCGUCAGGCGGCUGCUUAUGCCCAAACAACCAAAGGCCGCGAGCUGCUGCGAACAGUGGGCUGAGGAGAGUUGUGUAGACUAUGAGCGGGACAGCGACGAUGAGUGGUUUGAGUGUUUUGAUGCUGACGAUCUUGAUGACGCAAAAGAGGAAGAAGAGGAAGAAGAAAUCGAAGCAGAAGAAGAUAGAGAUUGGCUCGAGGACGACGACGAAACCAAAGACAAACACAUCAAUGCGGCUGCUCCUGCCAUUCGAUUCGAGUCCUUCCUUAGGUGGAACUUCACUUUCGACGGAGAGCAAAGGCCCAAUGAAGCAGAUUUGUCUGCACAUCUCGUGCCAUUUCCGCGUCUGCGCGACGGCAAUUGGUGUUCGGCAUACGGCUGCAUGGGGGAUGACUGGGGGGGAAAUCCGUUUUCUAAACUGGACGCCUUGCCGAACAGUGCGCGGCGCAGGUGCAACCGCCAUGUGACAAAGGCUGAGGUGGAGAGACAGAUGAAGCAGUAUAUGGUUUAUGAACGACGAGGGGAUGACAGACAACGCCGCUGGUACGCAACCGAGGAAGCGGCUCGGGCAUUUAACCUUACAGAGGAGCUUGAAGGAAUCCUUAACAGGAUAAAAACUGAAGAGAAAAUUCUGGAGGCGAGGAAUCAGGAGCUAGCUGAGCAGUUGAAGGCACAGCUUGUAGCAAAUAACGCAAUUCUCGACACAGAUGACAAAAAGCAACAUCCACAUGCAGUGACCUCCCCAAACGAUACAACAACAACAGCAACAACAGCACGAACAUCUGUGACACCUGCAGCACGCGCAUCACCUGCUGCAGCUGCAACUCCUGCAACUGCCGGACCCAGCUGCAGCAAGCUGGAGGUGGCUUUUGCCAAGAGAGUUGAGGCCUCAGAUGAGCCGCAACACGCAACAGCACAAGACUUCAGCGGGAAUAAUACAGUGGCUGCUGCUGCAGCAGAGCUACGCCAAAGCUCUAGCGUGCAGCAGCUGCUACAGCAAAAGAGGCCGUUGUCUUCUUGUGGGGAUUCCGUCUCGUUGCCAGCAGACAAGGACACAGCGGUAUCUGUUGCCGCAGGACAUGCAAACUCGCAGGGGACCCCACUUACUGCUCAUGUUACUGCAGCAGCGCUGUUGCCUGAGAAGCUGGCAGGAGAACAAGCAGAGCUCCGGGAGGGAUACGGAGCGUCUCCGCCGAGCGGCAGCGGCAUCGCUGCUGUUGCUGUGGUGCCUGUACAGCAGGGUCUGAGAGGUCCACGGCAGUCUGCACCGUCCGCGGUUUCUGCGUAUCUAACAGGGUGCCCCGGGACGGUUUCUUCGAAGUUCGUUAGCCCCCCUAUGGUGGCGCCCCGACACAGUGCGGACGGGAUGGUGGCUUGUGAGAGACCAGGUGCACCGGUGUUAGGUGUACAGCCGGCUAGGGUUGAGGAGGACCUCGACAAAAUUGCAGCAGGGAAGCGCAUGCGGAAGAGCGCAGUGCUGCAGGGGACGCCCGUUGAUAUGCCUGUUGAUGCGGCCCCCAAGCGCGUCAAGAGGCGGCAAUCCGCGUUGCGAAAUCCCUGA